AUGGUGGCCAAACUUCAAAGCCUACCGGUGGAGCACAGCAGCCUGGGUUUGCACCGUCUCGCUGCGAAAGCGCAAAUCUUCGAACUCGUGGACAAACACUCGGCUCUGAGUAAAGACGAUGGUGGGAGGGCUGAACUGCGUCAGCAAAUCGUGGAUAUCUCAACCAACACCAACGUCAUCUCACCGUUUACCUCCUUCAUCGGCGUUAGCCCAGACAAACAAGAUGAAUGCAGCUGGAUUAGACCUUAG